UGUAUGUGCGCUUCCGCCCCCUCUUUUUUUGUGUUUUUUCUUUAGACCUGCACAAACAAAAAAGCUUUGCCUGCAGUUUCAAUUAACAGAGGGAACACAAAAGAGAGACACCGGCGUUGUUUUGUAAAGGCUGCGGAUUAUUUCCCAUCGCCAUUUUCAGACCCUCGGACACCGGCACGAUGGACACCGACUACUCUGCCUUCGAAAACCCACUGUACAGCGAACUGAAAUAUUUCUGUAAGAAGAUACAGGAGGCCUAUAACGAACUAAAGGAAGACCUGACACCUUACCGCGACGAUCGUUUUUACAGGCUAGCCCCCAUGCGGCUAUACACACUCUCCAAAAGACACUUUGUUUUGGUCUUUGUGGUGUUCUUGAUCUGUUUUGGCCUCACCGUCUUCAUUGGUAUAGCAGGUCCUAAAAUCCUUGCGGAGACUAAAUACAGUGGAGAUGAACUGCUGGCCAAAAAUCAAUCCAUAAAGACUGGUCCCUUCAUCCUGCAGUCCCCGCCCCUCUCCACCUAUAACCAACAGCUAUGGCUCACCUGUAUGAUGCAAGUGGAACACAGCACUGUGGUGGACUUCCAGCAGCACUUUGAGAUCAAUGUGGAGCUGAAGGGAGUUAUGCAGGAUGCCAGCGUCAUGCACAUCCGCAGCAACGUGCACCAGAAAUCACGCACGCUGCACUGUGGUGCUAAGUGUGAUGAGAUUAUCGUGGUGCACCUGGGCUAUCUGAAUUACACACAGUACCAGAUCAAUGUCAGCUUCAAAGGCCUGGAGAACAUCACCUACGAAGUCAAGGUCAACUUCAUGUGGAAGAUGUAUAAUCCCUCGUUCUCUCAAGUGGAGAUCUGGUUCCGUUUUGUCUUUGUGGUUUUGACCUUCAUGGUGACGUGCAUGUUUGCUCACUCUCUGAGGAAGUUCUCCAUGAGAGACUGGGGCAUUGAGCAGAAGUGGAUGUCCAUCCUGCUGCCUCUACUACUGCUGUAUAACGAUCCAUUUUUCCCGCUGUCAUUCCUGGUUAACAGCUGGUUUCCGAGGACUCUGGAUGCGUUCUUCCAGGCCCUCUUCCUGUGUUCCCUGCUGCUCUUCUGGCUCUGUGUUUACCACGGCAUCCGGGUCCAGGGAGAGAGGAAGUGUCUGACGUUCUAUCUUCCUAAGCUGGUCAUCGUCGGCCUCCUGUGGCUCUCAGCAGUUACCUUGGGGAUAUGGCAAACGGUCAAUGAACUACAGGACCCCACCUACCAGUACAAAGUGGACAUUGCUAACUUCCAGGGCAUGAAGAUCUUCUUCCUGGUGGUGGUGACCCUGUACAUCCUGUAUCUCAUCUUCCUCAUCGUCAGAGCUUGUUCUGAGCUCAAGAACAUGCCCUAUACCGAUCUCCGGCUGAAGUUUCUGACUGCGCUGACGUUCGUGGUCCUGGUAAUAAGCAUGGCCAUACUCUAUCUGAGGUUCGGUGCCAAGGCUUUGCAAGACAACUUUGUGGCUGAGUUGUCAACCCAUUACCAGAACUCAGCUGAAUUUUUAUCUUUCUAUGGCUUACUCAACUUUUACUUGUACACAUUAGCAUUUGUGUAUUCCCCCUCAAAAGACGCCAUUUAUGACUCCCAGUUGAAGGAUAAUCCUGCAUUCUCCAUGCUCAAUGACUCCGAUGAUGAAGUUAUAUACGGGAGCGAUUACGAGGAGAUGCCUUUGCAAAAUGGCCGUGCCAUCAAAGCAACAGCGAAGUACCAGAAUGAGAGUGACAGCGACUGAUCUCAUUCCUGAUUGGUGCGUCACUCACUCCCCUGUUGUCCUGAUCGAAUCCUUGAGGGGGUUCUAUUAAACUGGCCCUGGUUGCAUCAGGCAAUGGCCCGUCACGUGACCGGGCGAAGACUAUGAGGGAGGCGCACCCUUCUCAAAUCGAACAAUAAGACAGGCAGCAUGAUGCAUCUCUUUCUCUUUUUUUUUUUUUUUUUUUACUCGUUUUCAUUGGGAAGGCAGAUAAAGCUUUUUAAAAAUCAAAAUCAAUCGCUUUUACAUGUGAAAACAGAGUCUUACUCAUUUCUCCAUGUGCUUAAACUAUGUCACUUUUGUUUUGAGCCGACUUUGCUGUCAGCCAGAACGGGGCACACGGCUCAUGCCCGGGAGGCACCCCGAUCACAAAACGAUUGCAAUCACUUUUCACCCGGUGCAAAUUACGCCUGCCCGGGCUAGCCUAAUCGAAUCCCCUCAUUGGACAGCACAUACAACGAACGAACCACCAUUUGUAAAUAAGGAACGUUUGCAUAAAUAAUGCAAAUGGUAAUAUACUGUAAAUGUUAGGGUUGUGAAGGUCAUGGAAUUUUGAAUGAUGGUAAUUGGCCAGCCAAAUGACUGCGGUCUCCGUAAUAAUCGUUUUUUUAACACACAUUUUCUCCUCCUUCGCUCCUGACUGCAUGUGCUGCCAUAGAAAUAUAAUUAAUUAUUAUUCUGCUGCAUUGUGGGGGGAGUUGCUUAGGGAACCGAAGACUUGUUUGCUAGUUUCUUAUUUCAGCAAGGAGCAACAAGUUUAAUCACGUUAAGAGUACAUGUUACCACAGAAACGGACUCAAAUGCCCGGCCGUCCCGUCUUGACGGUUUUCAUCCAUAACCGUCGGUUAUACGGUAAUUGUGCCAGCCCUAGUACAUAAAUAUAUUUUUUAACUGAAAAAUUGUGUAUUCUGAAUGGAAAUCCAAAGAAAGGAAGGCGUGUAGGUAUGGUCAGAAAAUGUUUUGUAGCAUUUUAGUUGUUAACUAGCCACAUAAAAACAAACAUUCUGUUCUGUACACUGUAGUAUCGUUUGGUUAUCAUGAGCCGCAUUUCUUAAUUCCUGGAUAUAUAGAUUAACUUUGAAGUAAAAGGAAAGCGUGACUAUUGAUCAUGGGAUUUAUUAUUUAUACAGAAAAAUCACAAUGUAUCUAGAGUUAAACCACUACUGUCUCUUUUUGUGCUUGAAAUGUGUUGUUUUUAGCCAUUCCUACUAAGCUCUCUGAUAUUCUGGGUUUAUUGAGGGGGAGUUAUUCAGAAAACAUACCAUGCUGACACUGUUUUCAUCCAAGACCUUUAUCUCAAAUGGUUGUAAAACCAGUAUACAGCAACAAUUUACUGUUGUAUGCUUGUCGUAUACUCUGUUAACAUCCAGAGUAGAAGCAUGCAUAUCCAUCAAUCUAAUACCCAUAGAAGUGAAGUUUUCUGAAUAUUUACCUGACUACCACCAUGCGUUAUAAUAACCAGCAGGGAGAACCUUAAGUUGAGUAGGUGUAGCUAACGGUUGACCCACUCCUUUGCCAAUCCAUUCUUAAGUGAAGCAUUCCUUGUACUCCUGGUGUCCGAAUUUAAUGUAUUUUUGCCAAAAAAUUACGGCACUAUUGUUAUUGUUUAAUAGCUAUGUAGAAUGUACGUUUUCUUCAGUUUUCACAUUCCCGAAGCAAUAGUCUAGACUUCAGGAAUCUUCAUAUCGUUUAAGUUCAUUCGAACACUUCUAAUGCUUUAUAAUUUGAAAUGUGUAUUGUGAAAUAUUAAGGCAGGGGUGUCAAACUCAUUCCAUGGAAGGCCUAGGGUCUGCAGGUUUUUGGUUUUUCCUUGCAAUUAAGACCUAGACAACCAUGUGUGGGUAGUUCCUUACUAAUUAGUGACCUUUAAUACAUCAAUUAAGUACAAGGGAGGAGCGAAAACCCGCAGCCACUCAGCCCUCACUGGAAUGAGUUUGACACCUGUAUGUUAAAGGAACACUCAAGUAGCAUUUAGCAUGUUUGUCAUAUCAUGGCCCUUCCAUCUUUCAUCCUAGCUUGCCUUUCAUAGAAAAGCUUUUUUUUGUUUUGUUUACUUCACAAAGGUACUUUGGCUAUAUGUACAUUUCAUCAUCCAUACAUAUGAACCAAAUAAUAACAUUCUGGAUUAUUACUUUGUACCUCUUUAUUUUGUUAUUCUAUACUCAAUGGAUGAUUUUAUGGAUACAGGUUCUAGGAGGCAAGUUAGUUUUCAUCAUCAACACUAACCAUUUGUCAUUUUCUCUCUGAACCAAACGAAUGAACUGUUUUGUGUUGAAGGAAAUAAUUACCACUGAUCCCCUGAUCCUCUAAACAUUUAUUCUAAUAAAGAUGGUGCCUUGUUUUCACUUUGUACCAGGGUCAGGGGUUUCCUCCAAAACCUUGACUGCAGUCUUAAAUCUUGUAAAAAUAUUUUUGUGUUUGUGAUGGCGCAUCUUUGAAUAAUAAUAUAUACUUGUGGCUUAUAGGGAGAUGAUUGUGGUGGUUAUUUUGAGGUUUGAGUAAGAGCUGUGGUUUUCUUUAUGGCAGUGACUUUCUUUUGACUAAAUUAGAAAAGCAUCCCUAUGUUUAAUGACUGAGCAGCACUCUGUAAAUACUUUAUCACAUGUAAAUAAAGCAUUUGUGUAUACGGCAAA